CUCUUGAUGCCAGUAGGCACGCUAGUGAGAAUAGUAAAUAUAUAAGUAUAGCCCAGGAACUUGACAUUAAAGCACUUACAUCCAAACGAAAAGCAUUAGAUUGGUAACGCAUUGCCCUCAAAGGCAGAUACUGCAAUUAAAAAUUGCAUCAUCUAGUGCACUUCAACACUUUGAUAUAAAAGAACGUGUAGCUUCAAGUUAGCGCGUCGUUUAUUUCAAAUUUGUUACUAUAGCAAGACGGUCCUGUUUUUAUUAGUGGCGAAAUUUUAAGUGACACUGACAAUGCACGAAUCGGGGGAUCGGACUUUUUUGUAUGCUGCCGUAUGUGUCGGUAACCUUGUCGCACUCACGGCAGGUAUUGGACUAGGAUGGACGUCGCCAGUUAUUCCAAAGCUCAACAACCCAUUGCAUCUCGACGAAAAUCCGUUCGGGCGCCUAAUAACCGCCGAGGAAGAAUCCUGGAUAGGGUCACUGCUAGCUUUUGGCGCCAUUUUCGGACCCUUCGUCGCCGGAUUUUCGGCCGACAGGUUUGGCCGAAAGAAAACACUGCUGUUUGUAUGCGGCGUGCCGUUCCUAGUCUCAUUUAUAAUGCUGGCGUUUGGCAAAUGCGUCGCGCUGUAUUACGUCGGGAGAUUUUUGUCCGGAUUCGGUGUUGGCGCCGUAUUUACGGUUUUGCCAAACUUUAACAGCGAGGUGGCCGAGGAUUCGAUACGUGGAGCGAUUUCGUCGUCGAUGAACGUGUUUGUCGUACUAGGACCUUUAUUUGCCUAUGUUGUAGGUCCGUUCACCUCCAUAAUGGUUUUCAGUAUAAUUUGCGCAAUAAUACCUGCGUGCUUUAUUGUGCUUUUUUAUAUGAUGGUACCCGAAAGUCCGUAUUACUUAUUAUCAAUCAACGACUCUGUGGGCGCAAUGAAAUCGUUAAAGAGCUUCAGACGAUCCAGUGAUUCAGCGGUGAAUAAAGAGUUGCAAAACAUGAAAAUUUCCGUUGAAUCUGCCAUGUGUGAUCAAGGGACUUUUAUGGACGUUUUUAAAUCGAAAGGGUUGGUGAAAGCGUUAGUUAUUUCAAUGGCGCUGGUUGGAUUCCAACAAUUUUCGGGAAUAAACAUCGUACUGUUUUAUUCGCAAACCGUUUUUGAAGCGACCGGUAGUUCGAUUCCUUCAGAUAUAUCCCCAAUGAUUGUCGGCGGCGUACAGGUGAUAGCUAGCUGUAUUACCCCUUUAAUAGUAGACAGAGCGGGAAGAAAAUUACUUCACAUCGUGUCUGCUACUGGCAUGCUUCUCUCUCAAGUUCCCUUGGGGCUCUAUUUUUACCUGCAGACCGAUGGCAAAGACGUUCAAGGUAUCUUCUGGUUGCCAAUACUAUGCCUAAACGUCUACAUCACGUUUUACAACUUUGGAUUUGGACCUCUACCUUGGACAGUGAUGGCAGAAAUAUUCCCCGCAAAUAUAAAAUCCUCAGCGUCUACCGCUACGGCAUCGUUCUGUUGGGUUUUGGGAUUCAUCGUUACUAAAUUCUUUUCGUCGGUCACCGAAGAGAUCGGAAUGGGUGGAUCGUUUUGGCUAUUCUCAGGCUUUUGUUUUUUGGCAAUAAUAUUCGUUUUUACUUUUGUCAUAGAAACGAAAGGCAAAAGCUUCCAGGAAAUUCAAGAAAUAUUAGCCCGCUAAUGAGGGCGUUGAGUUUUACAAUGGUACAAUAUCUAUGUGAUCUUAAUAAAAUAGACUGAUGGACGUUUUAUACUUACCAUAUUUACAAUAAUUGAACUGAUAUUUUUCUAUGAAAAAUUAUAGAGUGGUUGUAGUGUACUGUAACCUGUAAGUGUGUGAUAUAAUUUGUAUGGGGAAAAAAUGUACUUUAAGUAAAGAAUAAAAUUAUAUUGUAUGGUCAGAUCAGAU